GUAGUUUACAACAAGAAGACAGUGAAACUACGCCGACGAAAAAUUACGGUGGCGUUCAAAAAUGGACAAAUUCCGGCCGCAGUGGCUGGGUGCCCCGGCCGGCCAGCAUGGGCCCAACACAUUCUACAAGGGUUGCAAAUUCUUUAAAGACGGCAAGUGGCGAAUCCUUUCGAUGGGGGAAUUUUUCUUCUUGAAAACUUCCGAGACGGAGCCACUUUGCAUUGCCGAGCUGCAAUUACUGUGGCAAGACGACAAGGCCGAAAACGGCGACGGCCUCAUGUUGUCGAGUUCCAAAUUAUAUUUUCUUCCCGAGGACACCCCGGAAGGCCGAACAAUUCACCAUGGAGAGGAUGAAGUUGUUGGGGUCAGCGGCAAGGCCAUUCUCCGACUGGAGGACCUGAUUGACUGGGUCUGCACCGACGUCAGGUGGACGCGGGGCUGCCGGACAAUUUGUGAGAAGGACCUGAAGAAGGCUGACGGCGGAGGAGAUGCUGGCAACAAGCACAUGGCGCUGUUUGCCCAGAAUAGUGGGCUUAACAUCAGUGAAAUCAACAGGGAGAAAAAGAUCAUGGGUUAUGAUGACGACGGCCGUGACAAAGUCAUCAUCCUCAACUACCCAAGCUACUGCCGCUACUGCGCCACCCUGAAGCGCAUGGAGCAUGCCCCAGACCAGUGGAUCUCGCAUACCAUAAUGCGAUGCCUGGGUGCCUUCACCGUGCCGCACCGCAACACGCGCAUCUUGUUCUGCAAAGACGAGUUUGAGCAUCCGACGCUGGGGUACAACGAGAAACUUUGUGACCACUUGGCGCCAAACAUGAAAGGCAGACCAAGGAAGAAGAAACUUAGUAUCCGUAGCAACAGUAAUGAAGAUUUGGUCGGCGACUCUAGUAAUGGUGUAACUGAGCAUGCUGAGGUGAAUUAUGGAGAAGUCGGUGCCUACCACCUCAGCAAGCUGGAACGCAAGAAGUUGCGGGGCAAGUACCAGACCAAGAUCGUGAAUGGCAAGGUCAAGACGGAGGUGAAGCGGAUCCGGCCCAAAGACGAGGCCACCUUCCUGGCCGGCCUGUUCAAGUUUAUGAAGGACCGCAACAGCCCCAUCGAGAGGGUGCCCAACCUGGGCUUCAAGCAGAUUGACCUGUACUUGUUCUACACGAUGGGUCAGAAGUUUGGCGGCUAUGAAGCCAUCACGGCUCGACGGCUGUGGAAGAAACUGUACGACGUCCUGGGUGGCAGCGUCGGGAGUACAAGCGCUGCGACGUGCACAAGAAGACACUAUGAAAGGUUAAUUCUUCCCUAUGAGCGUUACCUCAACAAGCAGGAGCACAAGCCUCUACCGGGACCACCCCCUGCCAAACCCACCAAGGGCAUCUCCAUACUGGCCAAGCCAGGCAGUAAGCACAAGGAGAAGGACCCUGCCAAGCACCACCACCACCACCACCACAAGAAGAAGGACAAGCAUGCCAAGGACCGGCCGAAGGGGAUGACCAAGGCCGAGGAGACUUGGAUCCAAGACCAGCAGAAGCAGGCAGCUGCCACUGCUGCUGUCGGGGGACUGAUCCACGAGACCAUUCUGACCCCCGUGCCAGUCCAGCCGGUGUCGUCGGGCGCCAGUCAGCCUCAGACUGCCCAUCAUGAGACGGCAAGCAGUGAUGUCUCAACCUCAACACUGGCCAGUGUGGUACUGAAUGCCUCGUCGGCGACCAGCAUUCUGCCAGUGGCCACCAUCCCGCCCCUGCCCCAACUGACUCCUGCUCCAUCCGGGGUCGCCAGCAGUGGCAGCCCCCCGCUUCCCAUCGUCUCUGCGGAGAUGAUGAUAGUCUGCCAAGACCAGCCAGGGUCCUCCUCCCUGAAGAUGAAACUGAAGGUGAAAAAGUCGAGGCACAAGGAUGGGAAACGGCCGAAGGUGCUCAAGGACCAGCUUCGAGAGCUGGAGGAGCAGCGGGCAUUGCAGCAGAAGGAGGCACACAAUCAGCUCUAUGCAAACUCACUGCAGCUGAACUCUCCACCUGUCGCCAGAAAGAAGACGAUGUCCAUUGCAGAUAUUCUCAAUCAGAAGGCCAAGAUGCAGGCUAAGCAGAAGGCCACUCAGGCAGCUAACAUCGAAAAGACUGCUCCGUCGAGCGUUGAGAAUACCCCUCUACCGGCUGUCAGCAGUGCAGGCAACCCUGUCUUGCCUGUCCUUUCCACAUCGGCCAUGCCUUUCCCAGCUCAGCCCAUCAUGGUCAAGACAGAGGAGGGCGUGCCCGUGGGCCCUUUGAUCUUCACCUUACCCCAGAUGCUGCCACCAGGGGCCACCCCGGCCUUGAGCUCAGCCCCUGGGGGCUCUGUCAAGAUAGAAGACACGGCCGGAUCCACCGGCUUGACCUCAACCACUGCCCCAUCUUUGACUCUGGGCUCCAACAUGGCCACUGUGUUGCAUGUUGGACAACCAUUGCAGGUCAUGCAGAUGCCUACCCCAUCAUCCACUCUAAGAGACAGUGCAGCAUUGGAAUCGUCGCAGAGCUCAGCGAGCACUUCCACGACGGAUUCGGUCCUCCUUACGACUAGCGCAAACAGUGCAUACUUAUCGUGUCCAUCUGAUGUAGGCAUCGUCAGCUGUGCACCUACCUCGCUAACAGCAGUGGUCAACCCAAUAAGGGCCACAUCUGAGUUGCCCGGUGCCGGCUGCACCUUGACAAGCAGCAAGGUCGCCACGUCUGCCCGGCCGUCAGUCAUCCAGCACACACAGCAUGUGCAGGCGCAGGCUUCAGAGCAAGGGAUGACCUCGAUGCCGUACCGAAAUGCCGUCCAGCCCAGCGAUCUGAUCCUCCGAAAUCUGUCUCUUGGGAAAGCAGCUGCAGCAGCAACGGCAACGACAAGCGCUCCGGUCAUUGGCCAAAAGCGUUCUGAUCUGCCCAAAGACGCUGUGGUGGUCACUCCGCGUUUUGUCAACCCUUUCAUGGCAUACAUUCCCAUGCCGGUCAUGGUAGGAGGCAGUAAAGCAGAGCCAAAGAGCGAGGAGCCGAGAGCAGAGACCAGCAAGGAGUCAGGAUGCAAGAGGAGGAGAACUGAAUCGGGCAAAGAGAAUAUCAGCGGUAGACCACUCAGCCCCCACGGAUUCAGUGUGGAUCGCACAGGCAAGGUGACCCCACUCCUCGCCCACUCAACAUUCCCUGGCCCGGUGCCCUUCCAGGACGAGCCCUGUGAUUUGAGCAUGCCCAAAAGAAAACGGGAAGAGGACGAGGCUCCCAUGCUGCAAGGGGAGACAGGUGCCUACACCAGCAGGCACAAGACCUCAAGGAAGCCCAAGGAAUUUGUUAAGGAUAGAACUCGAUGGCAGGAGGAGACUGGUGCCAAGCGCCAGAGAGAGGAUGCAGCAGUAUCCUCCUCUGUCUCGUCAUUGCACAAGGUCAAGAUGACCCCUAACCCACGGGGAUCUAUCAUGCAAGGGGUCAUCAACCCAAGCGCCCUGAGUCCUUCCUCCUACUCUUCCAAGUCGUCCGAGCACAGGGAUGCACCCUCCCGGCACAACACCAACUCUAAUGAAACCGCGACAUCCCCCCACCCACCCCCUCCCCCGCCAGCCUUUCCGUACUUGCCCCACCCCAGCGUGCAGGGCACGGCGACCGCGGACAAGCCACCAAAGAGCCAGUUUGUCUUUCCAGAGUUGGGCCCCCACCUGCCAGCCGUCAUGGGCUACCCGCCCCGCUUCUUCCCCCCUCAGCUCAUGCCUGGGCCCCUGCUGGCCCGGCCCGACCUCCUGCCAACCAGUCUACCUCCCGGGAUGCAGCUGAACCCAGAGCAACUGAUGCGACGUGACAUGUUCUUCCCUCCCCACUUUCCAUUCCAGAUGAGACCGCCUUUCCUUAGCUCCUCCUCGCCGCUGGUGAGGGACAGUCAGCAGUCUUACAUGAAUCAGAGCUGAGAAGUUUGAAGAAUGUUGUGCAAACUUUCCAAAAACUCCGUAUUAUUGGCUGAGGGAUCACCACAGAUACACAAAGCAGCUUGGGUGUCUAUGCAAGUACUGUUCUUUCACAGUGAAGUUUCUUCUGCAAAGGAAAACUGUGGCUAGGAAGAAGCUAGGACAAAAUUACGCACAAGAUCAUGAUGAACAAAAUUUUGUAACUGAGGAUUUUUUUCUUUUACAUGUCAAAAACAAGUUGACUGUGCUCUGAUUCUGUGAAUGUAAAUUUUGCACAGAGAGGAAAAUCUCUGAUGGUUAUGGCUGAUUUUGGAUAUUGUGUGCAUUCCAUAUACAUCUGAAGCAAGUCAGGCUGGUGCCUACCACAGGCUAAACCAACAGUGUGAUCUUACUAUACGUCUUCCAGAAACAAUUCUAAAAUGACUGCAGUGUUAAAAUACUCCUAUCAGUGCUUCCAACUGGAAACAUGUAGACAUUCUCGAGUGCCGGAGUUAUACUGAUAUUGUUUUUCCAGCACAGCAUGAUUUCGAUUUAAGACCGCACCUUUCCCUUUUGAGUUGAACACAAAUGCAAACAUUCCAUAGGUGUGCUCAAAAUAUUGUGCUAAAAUAUGUGGCCUCUUAGACAGUUGGGUGUUCUGUACUUUCAGGAAGGAGGAUAUAUAUUAUUCCCCCACCCCGCUUUCAAAGCCCCCAGCACCCCCUCCCCCUCCCCUCCAAAAAGGAACAAGAACCAAGUCCAAUAAAGUCAAUCAUAUGCAAGAUCCAUAUUAACAGAAACUGAUGUUAUGAACAAUGAAUGCCUUUCUUGUGGGGGGAAGGUGGAAUUCACCAUCCUUGGCCAAGUUUCAGGGCUCAGAUUUUCUGUUACCUCUAGUUGGCAGUAGCACAAUAGGGGCCAUUAGUCACAUCCUGUGGAGAAAAAACACUGUGGCGUAUUCUUACUAUUUCAGUAUUACCUGCAUGAUUAAGUGCUGGGUAGAAAGGCUCUGUUGCAGAAUUUAUGCUACUCUAAAAGCAUUGAUGUGUAGCAUCGAUAGCAUGGUUGGGAACUUUGCGGAUGGACAAAACACAAGGAAUUGAUGAGGCAUCAAACUGACAAUAUACGUUUGGGGCUUAAACUCUGCCAAGCCAUGUGCAAAUGUGGCUGUGGCUAGCAGAAACCGAUACAUCUUUGGAUAUCACCUACAGCCACUUGCCAUACAUGCGCAUGCUAUCUUAGACAGUUGAUUUAGACAAGGCUCCAGCCUAAGUGCUUGAUGACCAGUGCUCUAAAGUGAUGCUGAGGUGUGGACCUUCUGCAUCAGACUGCACAAGGCUCCUGAUCGGGCCAAUGCGUAAGAGCCAGCCAAAGAUGCACUACAUCCAUGCACUGGUUUACAUCUGGUCAAAAAUCUGGCCAGAUUUCAACUGAAUGUGCACAAAGAGGAAUUCACAGUAGCAGUAGCACGUUGGAAAAAAGGACAUCCAUACUCAAAUGUCCUUCAGGCGGACACACUUUUCACAGCCGUGGUCAAGUUUAUCUAAACGCCGCCUCACUGCCAAGGACAUUAGUAACACACAAGCAUCCUUAUUUACCCAGCAUUCCACAUCAUGCAACAGUAUGCUAUCGGCCUUGACAAAAAUGCAUUUACUGCCACUUACUAGUGUCGCAAAGUCUUCCAUAAAUCUUGGACCAGCCAUUCCCAGACAGCGGUUCAUUGUUAUUUUCUUUUAUAGUAUUUGUACGAGUCUUUUUCUUUGUUUAGUCUUCGUGUCGGUUUGUAUUGCUGGUAUAAUUAGUUAAAAUAUACAGAAAAAUACAAUUAGCAAUCAGUGUUGGGUAAAUAUGAAACAUUUAUGUCUGUAGAGUUUAUAUUGUUUAUUGGUGAUGAGGUGCUAGUUGUGUAAUAUAAUUAUAUCUGUACAUGAUACAGGAUUAUAUCAAUAUCUAUGCAAAAAGACUAGGAAUAGUUGUGUCGAAGGGUUUGUAAUAUUUUUGAGGGGCAUUUUUUUUUUUGGAAAGGGAAAUUUAUUUACUAGUGUAUAUUUGUCAUUCUUGAAAAUUUUGAGAUUUUUGGACACCAUUGCUCGUUAAGGACAGGAGAGGUUGCAUUUAUAUGUAGCCUCUGCCUUGUCACUUUCCCUUUUAGGUUUUUGUCAGAGAGAAAAUGAGACUAUACAGAGCUAGGAAUUGCUGUACAUUUACAAACAACACAUUCCACAUUGAGGCCACUUUGGAGGGUUCACUAUUGUCACAUCGGCUUCAACUCUUUUUCCUCCAGAUAGACCCUCGAUAAGCAGAUGUCAAACUAUAAUUGUGAGCUGGGCCUCCUCCACCCGGUUCAUAAGUGUGACGUGAGUUAAGUUAAAACUACAGCCAAUGGGAACUUGUAACCAGUGGGGCGUGCGCAUGCAGAAGUCACUUAUGAACUGGACUCAGGUUGGGCACUUGCUCUACAGAAAAUUUGCUUAGAUCCCGUAAGACGAGUGCAAAGGUCUUUUUUGAAGAAAUUUUGUUUCAGUUUGUGGGAGAAAGAAAAAAAAUUGACCUCCUUGUUCAAGUACAUGUACCCUUGUUCAAAAAUUCGGAAUAACAGUAACAUCAAUGGCCAGUCGAACCUCGCCUUCAUUUGGGGUAAACCUUUUUUUUUUUUUUGAGGGCCACAGUAAACGAGCAACAAGUGCUGUGAAUUUUCAAAAAUCUAUCCUUUAGUUGUUCAGGGAAGACGCUCGACUUGCAGAAGCAGACUUGCCUAACAUGGGACUUGGUGAAUUUUCUUUUCUUUUUUAAUUUUAGUUUAGGAUGUUUCUAAAAUAGUUAUAUCUUUGGGGCAGAGGUUAAUGCAACAAUGCAACCUUCCGAAGAAUUCCAAAAACCAUCAUUGCUUUCCGAAUUGGUCAUUUUUUUUUCUCAUGAACUUUUUUUGGGUGUACAGAACUCAAGAAAUUGUAUGUUACUUAUUGGACCAACCAUUUGUAUGCUAUUUUCGUAACGGUUUACAUUUAGUUUUCUAUGCAAAUCAUUAAGCAAUGAAAGGAACGACUUUUGUAUCUUUUUUAUUUACAUAUUUCUUUGAAAAGACCACGUUAAGGUCAGUAUUUCCAUAACAAUGAUAACAUUGAAACCAAUUGUUUUUCUUUUGUAUAUUUACAAUUAACGAGCCCAGCACUACUAGUCAAAACACCUUAUAGACGCUGGUCAUCUACACUUAUUUCUAGAAAUAAAAGUCUUUGUUGUAUUUUUCUCGCAGUUUUUAAACAAUCAUUUCAAACUCGUCAAAGUUUUUCUCCUCCUCUUGUAAUACAUUGUUCCAGUUAAACAAAAUGAACAUUUGAGUUUUGUAGAAAGAUUCUUGGAACUUGAAGAGUAACAAUAAUGACCGUUAUUUAUUGAAAAGCACAUCAGCUGUUAUUUAUAUGCUUAACCUCCCAAUUUUCACUAUGCAGUGUAAGUUUAAAUCACAACCACAAAAGACUCUGUGUCCAUGCUGAUGUAAAUUGGUUAAUACUUCCAUGAAUUAUUAAUUUUUACAGAUUAUAUGUAAAGAACUGUACACUAUCCAUAAACUGCAUUGAUGAUAUUAAAGUGUUCUCUUGUUUAUUCAAAUCA